UGGGGUUCAGGAGCUCCAGCUACUCCUGUCUGCAGUCUGGAGGAGCCCUGGCUCUUAGAGACCAGGGAGGUGAGCACCACGGACAGCGCAGACAGCAGACAGGGCGGAGCAUCCACGGAGACGUCACUGCGCGCGGAAUCCCGGGGGUGCGCGCUUGCAGGCGGCCGCAUCACAUGACCCAGGUUGCCUCAGGAGACCACCCUUUCUUGACUGAGGAACUUCCUCUUCCUUCCAGCUCAUAAUGAGCCAGCUGAGGCUGCUGCCAUCCAGGUUGGGGGCACAGGCCACAAGGCUCCUGGCUGCACGGGAUGGCCUGGUGAUAAAGAUGCGCAGCAGGUCUUCCAUGCCACCGACCACCUUCCCAAGCAGCAGAGGUAGAGGCAGUGCCAGUUACGUGGAGGAGAUGUACUUUGCCUGGUUGGAAAACCCUCACAGUGUUCAUAAGUCCUGGGACAGCUUCUUCCGGAAUGCGAGUGAGGAGGCAUCUGUGAGCCCUGUUCACCCACAGCCCCCAUCUGUUAUCCAGGAGAGCAGACCUGCAGUCUCAAGUAGAGCCAAGACCAGCAAACUGGUAGAGGAUCACCUGGCGGUGCAGUCUCUGAUCCGUGCCUACCAGAUCCGAGGCCACCAUGUAGCCCAGCUGGACCCCUUGGGCAUCCUGGAUGCAGACCUGGACUCCUUUGUGCCUUCAGACUUGAUCACAACCAUUGAUAAGUUGGCCUUCUACGACCUGGAGGAGGCUGACCUGGAUAAGGAAUUUCAGCUGCCCACCACCACCUUCAUUGGGGGCUCAGAAAACACGCUGUCUUUGAGGGAGAUCAUUCGGCGCCUGGAGAGCACCUACUGCCAGCACAUUGGCCUGGAGUUCAUGUUCAUUAAUGAUGUGGAGCAAUGCCAGUGGAUCCGGCAGAAGUUUGAGACGCCUGGUGUGAUGCAGUUCUCCAGUGAGGAGAAGCGGACCCUCCUGGCCCGGCUGGUGCGCUCCAUGAGGUUUGAAGACUUCCUGGCUAGGAAGUGGUCUUCAGAAAAGCGCUUUGGCCUGGAGGGCUGUGAAGUCAUGAUUCCUGCUCUCAAGACCAUCAUUGACAAAUCCAGUGAGAUGGGGAUUGAGAACGUCAUUCUGGGGAUGCCACACAGGGGCAGGUUGAACGUGCUGGCCAACGUGAUCCGCAAGGACCUGGAGCAGAUCUUCUGCCAGUUUGACCCCAAACUGGAGGCAGCGGAUGAGGGCUCUGGGGAUGUCAAAUACCAUCUGGGCAUGUACCACGAGAGGAUCAACCGUGUCACCAACAGGAACAUCACACUGUCAUUGGUGGCCAACCCCUCCCAUCUGGAAGCUGUUGACCCUGUGGUACAGGGGAAGACUAAGGCAGAGCAGUUCUACCGUGGGGAUGCCCAGGGCAGGAAGGUCAUGUCCAUCCUGGUCCAUGGGGAUGCUGCCUUUGCUGGCCAGGGUGUGGUCUAUGAGACCUUCCAUCUGAGUGACCUGCCUUCCUAUACCACCAAUGGCACUGUGCAUGUUGUGGUCAACAACCAGAUUGGCUUCACCACAGACCCCCGAAUGGCUCGAUCCUCACCCUACCCCACUGACGUGGCACGAGUGGUCAACGCACCCAUCUUCCAUGUGAACGCAGAUGACCCAGAGGCUGUGAUAUAUGUAUGCAGUGUGGCAGCUGAGUGGAGGAACACCUUCAACAAAGAUGUGGUUGUGGACCUGGUCUGUUACCGCCGGCGUGGCCACAAUGAAAUGGAUGAGCCUAUGUUCACGCAGCCACUCAUGUAUAAGCAGAUACACAGGCAGGUGCCCGUGCUGAAGAAGUAUGCAGACAAACUCAUCGCUGAGGGCACGGUCACUCUGCAGGAGUUUGAGGAAGAAAUUGCCAAAUAUGAUCGGAUCUGUGAGGAGGCAUAUGGCAGGUCCAAGGAUAAAAAGAUCCUGCAUAUAAAGCACUGGCUGGAUUCCCCCUGGCCUGGCUUCUUCAACGUGGAUGGGGAACCCAAGAGCAUGACAUGCCCUACCACAGGCAUCCCUGAGGACAUGCUGACCCACAUUGGCAAUGUGGCCAGCUCUGUGCCUCUGGAGGACUUUAAGAUUCAUACAGGCCUCUCUCGCAUCCUGCGUGGCCGUGCAGACAUGACCAAGAAGCGCACAGUGGACUGGGCAUUGGCAGAGUACAUGGCAUUUGGCUCACUGUUGAAGGAAGGCAUCCAUGUGCGACUUAGUGGCCAAGAUGUGGAAAGGGGCACAUUCAGCCAUCGGCACCAUGUUCUCCAUGACCAGGAAGUUGACCGGAGAACGUGUGUCCCUAUGAAUCACCUGUGGCCUGACCAGGCCCCCUACACCGUGUGCAACAGCUCCCUCUCGGAGUACGGAGUCCUAGGCUUUGAGCUGGGCUAUGCCAUGGCAAGCCCCAACGCCCUGGUCCUCUGGGAAGCUCAGUUUGGUGACUUCCACAACACAGCCCAGUGUAUCAUCGACCAGUUCAUCAGCACUGGCCAGGCCAAGUGGGUGCGGCACAAUGGCAUCGUGCUCCUGUUGCCCCACGGCAUGGAGGGCAUGGGUCCUGAGCACUCCUCAGCACGGCCUGAGAGGUUCCUACAGAUGAGCAAUGAUGACUCAGAUGCCUACCCAGUGUUCACUGAGGACUUCGAGGUGAGCCAACUCUAUGACUGCAAUUGGAUUGUGGUGAACUGCUCCACACCAGCUAGCUACUUUCAUGUGCUACGCCGGCAGAUCCUGCUGCCCUUCCGCAAGCCACUGAUUGUCUUCACACCCAAGUCUCUGCUGAGGCACCCUGAUGCCAAGUCCAGCUUUGACCAUAUGGUGUCCGGAACCAGCUUCCAGCGGGUGAUUCCGGAAGAUGGCAUCGUGGCGCGGUCUCCUGAGCAGGUGCGGCGGCUUAUAUUUUGUACGGGAAAGGUGUACUAUGACCUGGUGAAGGAACGCAGCAGCCAAGGCCUAGAAGAGCAGGUGGCUAUCACACGCCUGGAGCAGAUCUCUCCAUUCCCCUUCGACCUGAUCAAGGAGGAGGCAGAGAAGUACUCAAGUGCAGAGCUGGUGUGGUGUCAGGAAGAACACAAGAAUAUGGGCUAUUAUGACUAUAUCAGCCCACGCUUCAUGACUAUCCUUGGCCCUUCCAGGCCCAUAUGGUAUGUUGGCCGGGACCCAGCAGCUGCACCAGCCACUGGAAACAGGAACACUCACCUUGUGUCACUGAGGAAGUUUCUGGAUACUGCCUUCAAUCUCAAGGCCUUUGAGGGCAAGACGUUUUAGAGUGGAGCCAAGCCUGCUCCAUCUUGCUGAAGGAGGAUGCCUGCAGAUGGACCCUGGAGGCCAGAGGAGGGGUGAUUAGGACCCCAGAUGAACCACACUCAUGUAGCAGUUGGGGCCAUAGAGUAGCACUGCAACCUUUAGUAUAUGCAACUUUGGCCUUUGUCUUAUAUCAGAAUCAGUAAGGGCUGGGAAUUAGCAUCCCCUAGAUGGAGGGGAUAUAGUUGUGUUGUAUUUGGCCAGCUCUGCUGACCUUUCUGGAAUUUGUAUGUGUGUGUGGGGCUUCUCCUUCUGUGUUGGUCUUGUCUCUGGAUGUCCACCGGGAGCCGUGUUCCUCAUUGCUCCCAUCCUGGCAGACCUAGUUGCCACUCACCCCUUAGUCUUCAUCUGUAGAUUCAGAGACAUUCUCUUUUGUGCUCUUAGAAAUAGAGAUGUCAGCAAUAUCAAGCAGGUGAAGCAAUCCAUGUGGGGCAAUGUGUGUGUAUCAGAGGUGUCCGCGUCUCAUGAGAUGCAGCACACUCAUGUGAACCAAAGUAGAAAACCAAAUAGAAAUAAAAAUAUGCUUGAGAGAAA